AUGGGGACUGUUGAGAAAACUUUAAAGUGUCCCGUCUGCCAGGACUUCUUCACAGAUCCGGUGACGCUGCCAUGCGGACAUGAUUUCUGUCUUACCUGUAUCCAGGCUGUUUGGGAAACAGAUGGGCCUAAUGAGGGUCCUUUCUUCUGUCCAGAGUGUCAGGUAUUCUUCCCCUCUGACCUCAAUCUGGAGAAAAACACCAGCCUUCAAACAAAAGUAAUGGAUUUCACCACUAACAGACCUUCAACAGCAGAGCUACAGACAACAACACCAAGCAGGGCAACCAAAUCAUCUUCAACUAUCCACUGCGACCACUGCAUAGAGACUCCAUCGGUGGCCAUAAGGACCUGUCUGACCUGCGAUGCCUCACUGUGCCAGGCUCACGCCCUGCUGCACCAGCAGAGGUCUGCUCUGCGGGACCACACAGUUGUGGAGGUGACGGGGGAUCCGCUGUCUCUGAAGUGCAGGGAGCACCGCGAUGAGCUCAAGCUCUUCUGUAUGGAAGAAAGGGUCCCUGUGUGCUGUUUGUGUGUCCUCGUUGGCGUGCACAAGAACCACAAAGCGUCUCAACUCCAUGAAGCCUGCACUGACUUCAAGAACAUGUUAGAGACCACUAUGAACCAACUGCUGAAGAGGAGAGGUGAAGCAGAACAUGCCAUCAAGGACUUGGAGUCACUAUAUACACAAACAGUGAAGUCUGCUGCAGAUUUCAGAGAAAGAGUCUCAGACAAGUACAGCAGGAUCCGCGUUGUGCUGGACGGUGAUGAGCGUCUGAUGAUGCAGAUUAUAGACGCAGAGGAGACAUACAUGACGGAGUGGCUGGAGGCCCAGAGGGGCAUAAUGGAGGCUCAGAUCAAAGAGAUAGACAGCCUCAGAGCCUCCAGCAAAUCACUCCUCCAAGAAACAAAUCAUCUGCGAUUCCUACAGGUAGAUUACCGUGAUCCGGUGGAUUUAGCACCAAUCCAGAAAGUAGACAAACAUCUGUGUGACCCUGAGAAGCUGAGAACAGUAGAGAGGCUGGUGGAUGACCUCUCAGUGGCUCUGUCCCAACACUUUCCACGUAUGUGGUCAUAUUUAAGUUCCCCUUCUCUGGACUCCAACACAGCCCAUCCGAAACUGGAAAUAUCCCAGGACAGGAAACAAGUGUACUGGAGGCAGCAGCCUGUCAGUGAAGCUGUUAGCCCUCAGCCUUAUGACUCCCAGUUUAGUGUACUGGCUCAGGAGAGUUUUACUACUGGUCAACACUACUGGGAGGUCAUAGUCCAGGAGAAACCUUACUGGUUAAUAGGUGUGACCGCUGGGCCAGUCGAGAAGAAAGACGGUCCAAGCCAGAGAUCCUCAAGCCUGGGUGUGAACAACACAUCCUGGUGCAUCUACCAUGGAGAUGGACAAUACCUGGCAUGUCAUGAUACCCAGGAGAAACAGCUGUCAGUGGGAAAAAGAGUGAGAAAACUGGGCAUACUGGCAAAUCUCCAGAAGGGGGAGCUGUCAUUCUACGAUUCUGAUUCUAUGACCCUGCUGCACACUUUCCGUGUGCAGUGCACAGAGCCUCUCUACCCCAUGUUAAACCCAUGCAUUGAUGUGAAUGGACUGAACAGGCAGCCUCUUACCUUGUUCUUGAUUAAGGACUCCUGGAAUUGGCAUGUGAACACAAAUGGGGCUAAAGGGUGA